AAAAUCAGUCAGUUGGUCAGAGGGACAAAAGUGGAGGGAAGCAACUGAAAUCUCUGUUUGACGGCAAAACGAAAAGACAAACAGCAGAGAGAGACGGGACAAGACAGGGGCAGACCACAGGAGAAUGUGUCCUGUGUGGCUAUUGGUUGCUGCUGCGGCGGUGGGCGUGGUCAGAGGAGCUGUCAGUCAGUGCUGGGAGCAUCCAAACUGCCAGGAGGUCAACUCUGAACGCAGCAUGAUGGAAUGUAUCCAACUAUGUCAUCCCGACACCAACGAGAUGCCCAUCCUCCCCGGUGAUGCCCACCUCCAGCCCCCUCCUCCAUCAGAUCCCUUUCCACUUUUACCUUUUCCCUCCUUCUCCUCGUCCUCACCUCAGACCAAGCGCUCCUACUCAAUGGAGCAUUUCCGCUGGGGGAAGCCAGUCGGUCGAAAGCGCCGCCCAAUCAAAAUCUACACCACCAACGGCGUGGAGGAGGAGUCGGCCGAGCUUUUCCCUGGAGAGAUGAGAAGACGGGAGCUGGCCAGCGAGAUGAUGGAGGACGAGGAGAAGGUGGCACAGGAAGAGCAGAUGCCGGGCGACGUCCAUGAAAAAAAGGACGGCACGUACAAGAUGAAGCACUUCCGCUGGAGCGGUCCGCCUGCCAGCAAACGCUACGGUGGCUUCAUGAAGAGCUGGGACGAGCAAAGCCAGAGGCCGUUGCUUACGCUCUUCAAAAACGUCAUCAACAAAGAUGGACAGGAGGAGAUGAGGGAGCAGUGAGGGAAGAGGGAGACACAAGAAAUAUUUCUCAACCAAACCUUCAUCUGAUUGACCAACAAGUCCAAUAACUGAAAAUCAACUACAACGUUUGUCACUGAAUGUAAAAAGACCCAUAAGACAAUGUUUAGAGACACCAAUUGUCAAUUAAUUUCAUUACCAGUUAAUCGACUGAUUACUGUGGUAGACGAGUUGCUGAUCAACUCGUUUUUCUUAUUAGAAUUGAAGUUUUUAGGCAUCUUGAUUUUCCUAACCACCCAAGAUAUCAACUGUACAAGAGCGUAAAACAGAGAAAAACCUAAAAUAUUCACAAGUUUUUUCCUUUUUUGUGCAUUAAAACAAAUCAAAUUAUUAAACCCAGAUCAAAAAAAGCUCUAAUUCACUGAAUAGUUGCUUCGCCUCUAACAUUUUUCCAUGUACAGGAAGUGAGACUGCACCAUAGUCAUGAAGAGGAGGUCAGGGUGGAUGACAGGUGAAGAAAACACCAGAGAGCAGUGUUUACAUCACGUGGGCGGUAAAAGUAUGAUGAGGAAAGGGUUAUGGGAAAAAAACACAGUCUUGUUUAAAUGCAGAUAUUUUUCUCCUCUCUUUUCCCUGGAGUUUCUUGUCAGUUCCUGCCUUCUAAAAUAGUUUGAUUGAACCAUUGUUUCUGCUCUAAGCUUAAGAUUUGACCAGGUUUAUGAAACCAACACUACUUGGUUAUAAUUAGGAACCAAUGAUAUCAAGAUUAAACUUUACUUUUAGAAAAAGAAAUGUAAUCUGCAAUUGCAACGCUCUAACCAGGAGUCAUUAUUCACACUGCCAUGAGAGGUCGCUUGUGAGAAAUAGGAAGAAAAAUAAGUUGAUUGUUUCUGGGGUGUUGUUGUUUUAAAUUCUUGUGUGGGCUGUCUUGAUUGGCUGUUUUAACAGAGAAGUGCAGCAAAAAAGUUCUAAUUAGAUAAAGAAGAAUAUUUACAGAAACUUGAAGCAUGAUAAUGGGUAAAAAAUGAGAGGAGAGAGGAUAAGAGAAAAAUGUUUUAUAUUAUGAUUUAUGUAUAUACCUGUAAAUGACAUAAAAAACAUAAAGAUAUUUGCAAGCAAAA